GAGGACACGCCAGCGAAUCCUCUGAGAAUGUCUCGGGAGCUGGCAGCGGCGGAAGUUGGUUGAGGUUCUCCAACGUUGAACAAACAAAGAAACAAACGGUUUCCCCUCCACCCCUCUCGUCCCUUCUUCCUUUCACUCCCCUUUCCUUCUCUCCGAUCUGCACUUAUUCUGACUUGCUGGUAGAAUACUUUCUUCUUCUACUCCGACAACAUGGUUCGAACCAGGGCGAAACGAAAGAUGAAACAACAAGACCCCCCCCAGCGUGUGGGAAAGAACGACGAGGGCCACGACGAUGGCCACCACCACGAUGACUGCCCCAAAGAUGACCAUGAUGAUCACGGCGGCGACCCCGACGGCGACCCCGAUGGCGACAACCACGGUGACGACAACGAUCCGGGUCGAACCCGAUCGUCCUCUCCGAAGAGAAGCCGCCGCCAGGAUGAUACGCCCCAUGACUCGACAAGAACCCAUUUGGUGGAGGCGUGGAAGUCUCAUCGGCAGAUGCACCAUCGGUUCAUGGAGUAUUACACCGGGUGUGGAGAGGAUAACUGUCGGACGGCUGAUCCAGUCAAAGACAUGCAAGACAACAUGCAAAGACUUUACAGUGCGGUCAAUGCAUGGGCGCUUGAGUUUGCUCUUAGGCCCGAGGAAUGUGCCGAUCUCACGAGCGACCAGAAACGCGCAAUAGUCGCCAGCUUGGAGGGCCAGUGCCUCCAGGAGGAAUGGGAUACAUUGCACAAACUAUGUCCCACUCAGAUGUGUCACUCAUUCCACGUCUUCUUCAUAGAGGCGUUGGUUAUUAGGGACAUCUUCAGCGUGAUAGUCGAGAAUCCUUUCUGGUACUUUGACGGCAAGCUCAACCCGCAAGAUGAAGGACUAGGCGACUUCGGUGCUCGGCUGCAAUACCUAUUCGAAAGAUUCGCACAGACCCAUGAGAUAAGAGCGAGUGCCUGGUUGACGGAGACCAUGCGCCUUGCCAAUGCAGUGCGUCCGCUCCAGGUCCACAAUCCCGAGCUUGGCCAACACCACGAAGCGUGCCGCAACGAUACUGCCAGUGGGUUUGCUAAGUCGAUGCUCGAAAGUGAACCUUUAAAGUUUCUUCUCAAGAAGCUUAAGAGCCCCGAGCAGGAGGAAGGGCGGCUCAUCGGGCUGGUGACUGCCUACCGAGAGGCCGCAAGAUGUACGACGGAAAACCUUCAGCUGUGCCAGGGGAUCCCGCGUAUUCGGCGCUCUCUUGCACAGAUUGGAGAGACAUACUCGGAGACUUCCCCCUUCGCAGACGCUCACCCUUUGAACUGUCGACCAGAAAACGACUACGAAACAACAUUGCUAAAUGGACGGCGCAUUUUACUCGUCAUGCACCCAUCCGUCGACAUUCGAAUGCCGAAGAAGUCCUACCCGGGAUGCACGACCGUCGAAAAGGCACAGGUCGUUGUCGAGGACCCUGAUGCCGAAUCGGAAAAUAACCCCCAACGCUCCUAUACCGAGGAGGCUUUAUUUUUCUAGGCUUCCAGGCGCCAUUUAUUUCCUAUCUGUCUCUUCUCGGAUUGGUGUCGAUUGUUCAUCGAUGCCUGAUAUGCUCAUGUUUUCCAUUUACACCCUGAUUCUGCGAGAUGGUGUUCUUCCAUUUUCGAAGUAUACUUGCAUCCACCCGGUGCUUUUUGCUUAUAUUGCAUCCAUUCAUUCGUUCGUCCACUAGAUGUACACCUAUUGUCUUAUUUAC